ACCCAUUGUUGUGUUUUUUGUUCAAUUUUUUGUUUCUCUUUUUUUUUUUUGCUUUUUGUCAGUUAACACCCUCCCUCCCUACUCUUUUUUUUUUGUUUCUCUAUAAUUGGAAGUCAUGUUCUCUAGAAUUGCUUCUCAAACUGCUAGACGUUCCGUCAAACAGCUCUCCAUGCAGACUCGUUUUGCCUCCACCAAGCCUACUGUUGCUGCUAACUCCAAGCAAAUUACUGGUGUAACUGCUGGUAUUAUUGGCGCCACUGCUUUGACUUACAUGUAUGUUGAUGCCUCUGCCAAUAUGGCUGACGAGGGUCUUCACCCUCCCACCCAUCCUUGGCCUCAUACCGGUCCUCUCGACACUUUUGAUCACGCUUCUAUUCGUCGUGGUUACCAAGUUUACAGAGAAGUUUGUUCAGCCUGUCAUUCUCUUGACCGUAUUGCCUGGAGAAACUUGAUUGGUGUCUCUCACUCCGAGGACGAAGUCAAGGCUAUGGCUGAAGAAUUCGAAUAUCAAGAUGGACCUGAUGAGCAAGGUGAGAUGUUUAUGAGACCAGGCAAGACCGCCGAUUAUAUGCCCAAGGCCUAUCCUAAUGAUGAAGCUGCUCGUGCUGCUAACGGUGGUGCUCUUCCCCCAGAUCUUUCCUUGAUCUGUAAGGCUCGUCAUGGCGGUGAGGAUUACGUUUUUGCUCUUCUUACAGGUUAUGUUGAUGCUCCCGGAGGUGUUGAAGUUCGUGAAGGUUUGAACUAUAACCCUUACUUCCCUGGUGGUGCCAUUGCUAUGGCCCGUACUCUCUUUGACGGUGUCGUUGAAUAUGAGGAUGGUACUCCCGCUACCACUUCUCAAAUGGCAAAGGAUGUCUCUACUUUCCUUGCCUGGACUUCCGAGCCUGAGCAUGAUGACCGUAAGAAGAUGGGUAUGAAGGCCACUGUUAUUUUAGUUGGUUUGACUAUUUUGUCCAUCUACAUGAAGAGAUUCAAGUGGGCUCCUAUUAAGACUAGAAAGAUCGUUUACAACCCUCCCAAGUAGAUUUAGUAAGAAAUACAAAAAGAAUAUUUAUACAUAAAAACGAACAAAAUUGCUGCAUGAUUUAUUUUGCAGUAAUUAUUAUUAUUGUUAUUGAAAGAUUUACCAAGUUAGACUUCUUUUUCCAAAUGGAUCCUAUAAAAAAAAAGUGUUAAGCACUUUGUCC